CUGAUCUUGAAUACUUGUUUAUGCUUCCUUGCAGGAAAUUCACUGAGAGAAAGAUUACCAGUCAUUCAAAACGCAACUUUUCAGUCAACAAACUUUGAAAAUAUCUUCACAUGGAAGAUUCAGGAGGAGACCCCACCAGGCACGCUCUACGAUGUUCAGUAUAAGACGUAUGGCCGCAGUAUCUGGCAGAGUAAACCUGAGUGCCAAAAUAUCACCCAGAAUGUCUGCAAUCUCACUAAUGAGACUGAAAAUGUAACCGAAUACUACCAUGCCCGAGUGAGAGCUGUGGUCCCCAACUGUUGCAUCUCCGACUGGGCCACGUCCUUGAGAUUCUGUCCUAGUGAAAACACUAAUAUUGAGAAUAUUGAUGUAAAAUAUACACCCAGCAUUCAGUCCAUCCAGUUUGUUAUUCAGCCUCCUUACACACCUUUGAAAGAUGAAAAUAACUCCCCUCUGACUGUAGUGGACAUUUUAAAACAACUUGAUAUUAAUUUCCAGUAUGAAAUAAUAAUUUGCUGCACAAAGACCAAGGUGAAGUGGGAAACGAUUGAAUAUAAUGAAGAAUUUAACAUCACUGAAUUGGAUCCCAACACAGAAUAUAAUGGAACAAUACACAUCCGACACGCUGACAAAAUCAGCAAGUCCUGUGUGUUUCAAGUACGGACAUUAUCAGAUAACACGUGGGUGCCAUAUCUGUUUGGAAUGCUUAUAUUUAUAAUCCUAUUUACCUUUGGAACUGUAUUAUACUUCAUGUAUAAGUAUGUUAAACAAUACACCAUUCAGCAACCCACAUCUUUGGAUUUCAAAGGUAUUUCCCGUUUCCAACCUCUCAUAUUAAAUGUGGAGCAUGCCCUAAAUCCUUAUGAUUCAUCCAAGAUAAUCCAACCAGGGGUGCAUUCAGCUGAGAUUAUCCAGGGCAUGCAAGAAGACCAAAAAUUAUUUAAUCCAACAAUGACAUCUUACCAGCAACAAUCCAAAAUGCCACCAUUCCAGCCUCUUGCCCAACCCUUGAAUGGUCUUUCAGUUGGAUAUGCCCCGCAAGUGAUCAAGAACAGCCGGUUGCGUAUCCUAGGAGACAAUCCUUCCACAUUAACGUAUGGAUUAUGCAUUGAAGGGGCCAGCCACAAGGCAAACCGAGGGAUUAAGUUUGAUUCUUUUCUAAGCAAUGGACACUACAAAGCCCAGAGACCAGAAAGGACUAACAAAGAGUUGACCACAAUUCAGCAGAAGGAAGGGUUGGUGGUAGAAACCAUCCCCAAGAUUCAACAUCACCCACUUCAGGAAAAUGCAAAAGGUCCACCACAAGAAUCUCCAAGACUUCUGGGAGAAUGGAGACCUACCACAGCGGAUAGAAGCGGAGGAAGCUACAGAAAGCAGGCAGAAGUUCUACCUUCCAGCUUAGAAGUUGGCCAAAGUGCUAUCUUGGAGGGAGGUGAUUCUCUACUGUUAACUGUCUCGCCGCCACACUUAUUUGCACACUCUUCUUGCCACAACCUCCCUCAAGAUCCCAGUACAGGGCAACUGCCAGCUUUCUGUCUCUCAGCCUGGACUGAUAAUUUUCUACAUUCCAAUCCAUUUGGAUGCCAAAUCACAGACUAUCCAGUUCAAGAAAGCCAGGGAUUAAAAAGUGAGCCUCAGAGUUUAGAUAUUUCCCCAAAUAUCCUGGACCUUAAUCAACUCAAUGGACCUUUCCUCAAUUUGUUUAAUGACUUGGAGCUGAAGCUCCAGUGGGAUGGUAGCCCAGAGGAAGCAACGUCUUAAGCAAUUCAAAGAUUUGGGGAAUUUCUUUCUACAAAAUGAAGUGGAAAGCUGAUACUUUAUUUUCUAACACAUUCUGAUUGCUCUCCAUGAGCUGCAUGUCUAUGAUAUGUCUUUAAAAAGAGGAAAACUGCAUUCCACAUUGAUAUUUAUACUGGCUAAGUGGA